AUGGCCGCCGGGUCGACAACGCACAAGCCGAGGGCCAAGAGCUUGUGGCUGCUGGUGCGCCGGAUGCUCUGCCGUGGCAGCAAGCCGCACAGACCAACCGCCGGUGCGGCCGCCGGAGACGGAGGAGACAACGACGGCGGGGAGAAGAGCAGCCUCCUCGGCAGAAGCGGCUCCCUGGAGGAGCUCCUGGGGUCGGACGGCGCCGGCCUCCAUGUCAGCGUGAAGAAAGAAGUGCAGCACGCCGUGCUGCCUGACCACCGGCAACGGCAGCCCACGGACAUGGCUCGCCCGGAGGCCACGCUGGCCGUGUCGUCCGCGCGUGCUGGCGGCGCGGCCAUGCAGCAGUACCGGAGGUUCGUCUUCGGCGGGUUCCGGCGGCGGCUCAUGAUGCGGCGGCAGUGGCGGCCGAUGCUCGUCGCCAUCCCGGAGUGA